GUUAGCACUAUAAGCCUCAGUUCUUGUGGUAAGCAUUAUAGGCAAUUGUGGUGUGAAGAGCUACCUAAUUCUUUAUUAUCCCUUCAAAAAUUGAAGUAUUUGUCCAAACUAUCUCUAAAGAAACGAUGGAGGAAGCUAUAGUUCUUUAUACAAUACCAGCCAUGGGUCACUUGAAACCUAUUCUAGAGCUAGGUAAGCUCAUACUCACCCAUCAACCUUCUCUUUCAAUCCACAUAAUCAUCAUCUCUGCCUCUCAAACUACUACAGUAUCCAUUUCCUCUUACAUUUCCCAAGUUGCAACUACCAUUCCCUCAAUCAAGGUUCAUCAUCUUCCUUCAACAAAUCAUGAAACCAAAAUCUUUGAGGUUAUCCGUCUUAGUAAUUCUCUUCUCCACCAAACCCUACUCUCCAUCUCCAAAAGCUACUCCAUUAACGCUCUAAUUAUUGACUUCUUUUGUGUUGCUUCUCUUUCUGUUGUUGCCCAACUUAACAUCCCUGCUUAUUUCUUUUAUUCUGCUUGUGCUGGUAGUCUUGCUCUCACGCUAUAUCUUCCUGUUAUUCAUCAAAAUAAUACUACUUUUAAAGAUCGCAGUGCUUUUCUUGACGUGCCGGGUUUGCCGCCAAUAAAGUUGUCCGACUUGCCUAAACCAGUCCUUGAUCGCUCCGGUGAUGUCUACGAAAGCUUUCUAGACGUGGCUGUUGGUUUACCGAAGUCAUCGGGGAUUAUCAUUAACACCUUUGAGUUUCUAGAGAGUAGAGAAGUCAAAGCAAUAUUAGAUGGACUAGGUCUACCCAAAGGCAACGCCAUAUCACCUAUUUACUGUGUUGGGCCAUUGAUAGAAACCAUGAAUCUAACAGAUGGUGGGCAUGAAAUAGAGUAUUUAACGUGGCUUGAGUCGCAACCGAGUCAAAGUGUUAUUUUUUUGUGUUUUGGUAGCUUAGGGAGGUUCGAAAAAAAACAGUUAAGGGAGAUAGCAAUUGGGCUGGAGAGAAGUGGACAAAGGUUCUUAUGGGUUGUGCGUAAUCCACCUUCUAAUAACCAAAUCUUGGCUCUUUCAACUGAGCCAGAGCCAGACUUGGACUCAUUGCUUCCUAAAGGUUUCGUGGAUCGAACCAGGGAGAGGGGACUUGUGGUAAAAUCAUGGGCUACUCAAGUAGCAGUGUUGAAUCACAGCUCGGUGGGUGGGUUUGUGACUCAUUGUGGGUGGAACUCGGUACUUGAAGCAGUGUGUGCUGGAGUGCCAAUGGUGGCAUGGCCGCUUUAUGCAGAGCAAAAGAUAAACAAAGUGUUGUUGGUGGAAGAAAUGAAAAUUGCUUUGCCAAUCAUUGAGUCCGAAAAUGGAUUUGUUACUGCUUUGGAGGUGGAGGAGCGAGUUUGUGAAUUGAUGGGCUCGGAAGCUGGUAACUCGGUUAGAGAGAAAGCCAUUGACAUGAAAAUCGCAGCCAAAGCAGCGGUAGGCGAAGGCGGUUCCUCUCGAGUUGCAUUGUCCCGAUUCAUCGAGUCAUGGAAAAAGCUUUUAAAUUUUUAAUGUUUUCUUUCCGUCUAGUCCUAUUUGCACAACAUAAUAAAUUCAAUAAUAUAGUAUAAAUUAAUUUAAUGGGCCAA